CAAAAGUCGUCUGUCGUCGUCGGUCGGUCGAGAUCUCGGUCGGGUGGUCUCUGUUCUAGCUGCUGGGGGUUGCACGGAGCACUUACGUAAUUUUGCUAUCCUGCCUAUUUUCUUUUGUGCGUGGGGUUUCACAGGUUCCGAAAUCCGGAAGUGGCCACUGCUGGCAACGUGCUACUCUAGUCUAUAGGAAAAGUGAGCUGGAGCUUGUACAGUGAUACCAAAUUAGCAGUGACGAAAAUCGGAAGUCAAGGCUGAGCAGAACAAGAAAAAAGAAAAAUAGAGCCACUUCCUGUCCGUAAAUCGAUUUUGGUCACGUAACGUUACGCCAGCGGAUACAUUUUUGUGGGUCAACGAAGAGGAAUUAGCAGCUCGAAAUGUUUGCCGUCUGCAAAAGUGGAGGAACGCUAGUCAGCAGCAUUCAAAGGUAUGGCGUCCGCUGCAUCGGCUCGAUCGUGCCGGACAACCGGCUGCCCGAGUUCCCGCUCGUCAACGAGCCCGUGCUCGAGUACAAGAAGGGCUCCAAGGAGCGCAAGGAGCUGGAAGCUGCCCUGAAAAAGACUGCCGCCAAGACGGAGGACGUGCCGAUCAUCAUCGGCUCGGAGGAGUUCCGCACGAACGAGGUGCGCCACCAGGUGAUGCCCCACAACCACAGUCAAAAGAUCGCCCAGUUCUACUGGGCCGACAAGAAGCUGGUGGAGAAGGCGAUCAAGACGGCCACCGAAACGCAGGUCAAGUGGGACCGCACGCCGAUCGCCGAGCGGAUAAAGAUCUGGCAGAAGGCAGCCGACCUGAUGGCGGGACCGUACCGGCAGGAACUGAACGCCGCAACGAUGCUGGGACAGGCCAAGACGGUGAUCCAGGCGGAGAUCGAUUCGGCGGCCGAGCUGAUUGACUUUAUCAGAAUGAACACCUUCUAUCUGAAGGAGGCCACCAAGUACCAACCGAUCAGCGAGAACGCCAAAGUGACCAAGAACUCGCUACGGUUCCGAGGUAUUGACGGCUUCGUUGCCGCCAUCAGUCCCUUCAACUUUACUGCCAUCGGUGGAAACCUUGCCUACACGCCGGCGUUGAUGGGCAACGGUGUUUUGUGGAAGCCCUCGGACACGGCUCUCCUGUCCAACUACGUCAUCUUUAAGAUCAUGCGAGAGGCCGGCGUGCCCCCGGGCGUGGUCAACUUCAUUCCAACCGACGGUCCGGUCUUUGGGGACAACAUCACGGCGUCCCCGCAUCUGGCCGGUAUCAACUUUACCGGUUCCGUACCGACGUUCAACCGGCUGUGGCGUCAGGUCGGCGAAAACAUCAACAUCUACAACAACUUCCCGCGACUGAUCGGUGAGUGCGGCGGCAAGAACUACCACUUUAUCCACCCGACGGCGGACGUCCAGUCGGUGGUGAACGGCACCAUCCGGUCCUCGUUCGAGUUUUGCGGCCAAAAGUGCUCCGCUUGCUCGCGCAUGUACGUCCCCGAGUCGCUCUGGCCCAAGGUCAAGGAGGGCCUGAUUAAGGUGCGCGACACGCUCAAGAUCGGGGACGUGACGGACUUUAACAGCUUCACGUCGGCCGUCAUCGAUGACAAGGCGUUCGCGCGGAUCAAGUCGUACAUCGAUCAUGCGAAGAAUUCCAAGAACCUGGAGAUCGUCGCCGGAGGCAAGUACGACGACAGCAAGGGAUACUUCAUCGAACCGACGAUCGUGCAGUCGAGCGAUCCGCUGGACAAGAUCAUGACGGAGGAGAUCUUCGGCCCGGUGCUGUCGAUUUACGUGUACAAGGACAAGGAGCUGGACCAGACGCUCAAGAUGGUCGGCACGUCGACGCGGUUCGCGCUGACCGGGGCGGUGUUCUCGAAGGAUGAAGCCUUCCUGAAGCGAGCUUUGGACGAACUCAAACUGACUGCGGGCAACUUCUACGUGAACGACAAGUCCACCGGAUCAGUGGUCGGCCAGCAGCCGUUUGGUGGUGGUCGAAUGUCAGGAACCAACGACAAGGCCGGCGGUCCGCAUUACAUCCUCCGGUGGUGCACGCCCCAGUCCAUCAAGGAAACUUUUGUUCCGCUGAACGAGGUUGACUAUCAGUACAUGCGAGAAUAAGCAGCUUCUCCUGAGCAAGAAUGAAACUAAAUCCUGACCCAAUCGUCCCCCCUUUCCUUCGUUUAGAUGUUUGCUUCUGGGUCUUACCGAAGAACCCACUUUUCCUCCCCUUUACUAGAAGUAUUGUUUUACCCUUAAGCGUCUCGAAAGACUACCAAGAACAAGAAGAAGAAGCAGGCUUCACGAACACCCACGUGACGAAGCUGAGUGAUAUUUGAUUCUCGAUUUGUUGGCCCCUUCCCCCCGGCUUCCUUUUUGCUGCUUUUGUUUUGGACACCGUCACACUAACACACAGCACACAUCCCAAAGCAUUUGUACUAUUCUCACACAAGCACACACACACACACACACCAACACAUGCUCGAACCACAAUCUGAAGCGGUCUUUUACAUUGAACGCAACACAGCACUACUUAAAACAUUUAAGUAAUUUUGUGAGCUAAAUUUGUCCUCGAAAACAGAAGAAACUGGUUUUGUUCUACACAAGACAAGAAAAAAUUGUUUGUUGAUCAAUAAAUGUUAUUUAUGCGUUAAAAAAACACACAAACACACUACAAAAGUCUUUCGUUUUGAGUUGUUUGAUUUAUUUUCAUUAUUUGUACGAGACUUUCUCGAAAUGUUUGAGCUCGUUUCCUGCUGCUGGCAAACUUGUACCACUGACAAUAUAAAUGUAGCGAAGGAAAGCCACAACUUUGCGACUAAAAUAGUUAAAAACAUUUGUUGAAUUAAACAUAAUACCAAAAUAAUCGCACUAUCACAUGUAUCGCAAAACAAUAAGGAAGUAAUAAUCGAUGUUGACUUACCGUAAAUAAACCACUAAUCAGUCAGCAAUCAAAAGAGCAAAAAGAAAGAAAAUCACGCAUCCAAAUAAAACAAACUAUUCAACUAGCAGUAGCACUCCCGUACCAAAGUUCAAGUUUUGUUUUUUUUUAUCAUACGGUAACAUACACCAUACACAAACACGCCACCCUCAAUUGCGUUUUGAACAAAAAAUAAACACACACACGCACGUAUAACACACAUUCAAACAUUCUUGAUGAGAUCUGAUGAGAAUGGUCGAAAUUAUCUAAAUACAUCCUGGGAAUCAGGUGUUGUUCGACUGCUAAACAUUGUGGAAUACCUAUGUGUAUAACGUAUGAAUAAUGGAGCCAGUAAAUGGUGAUGAUGAUGAUGAAGAAGAAGAAGAAAAAAACUGAGAUAAUUUUUAGUAGCUAUUAAGAAACGAAAAAAAUCGAGUUAGUAAAUGUUUAAAAAGUA